AUCCUGUAGAAUCUGUAGGAAAUUUUCGUCUCUAUGCAGUGGAAUAUAACUUUAGUAGUUCGCGUGGUUGCACAAGCAUUUUCCCCAAAAACUGCAAAAUCCACGUAUAAGUACCAUAUGUAAAUGUUAACUAACUGUUUAUGUUACAUGUUACUUAACAUGAAAAAUAUCAUUCGUUUUUAUUCGAUUUCACAAAAAAGUGAAUGGAUAAGCAAUGUAUAAGUAAUUAAAUUAAUUGCAUUUAAUUGAAAACAACCUACCUUUUAAAUAGAUUAACUUUCAAGUAGUACCCGCAUUUUAAACUUUAAAGCCUGCAAGAUCUUACUUAGAAAAUGUCUCAAUCUAAAACUUUAAAGAAAACUAACAAAGACCUUUCUUUAGUUAGUGGUGCAAAGUAUAUAUCGAAAAAUAGGUUUGAUGGUAAAGUUGCUGUAAUUACUGGUUCGUCUUACGGGAUUGGGUAUAGUAUCGCAGAAAGAUUAGGUUUAGAAGGAUGUAAAGUUGUAAUAUGUAGCCGUAAACAAGAAAACGUUGAUGUUGCUUUAUCGAAGUUAAAAAAACAAAAUAUACAAGCUGCUGGUGUGCAAUGCCAUAUUUCUAAUGCCAAUGACAGAGAAAAGCUAUACAAAAAGGCGUUGGAAGAAUUUGGUGGAAUAAAUAUUUUUGUUUCAAACGUAGGAGUAAAUCCAAAAAUAUGUCCCGUAUUAGAAUGUCAGGAAUCAGAAUGGGAUAAAACGUUCGAUGUAAAUUUAAAAUCGCCCUAUUUACUCGCAAAAGAAAUCCUUCCGUACAUAAAACGGAACAAUAACGGAGGGAAAAUGUUAUUUAUCUCAUCAAUCUCAGCUUUCGGAAAUAUUACGGAAUUUGGUGCAUAUUCGGUAAGCAAAUGUGCCCUAAACGCUUUAACCAAAUUGAUAGCUGGUCAAUUAGCUGAAGAUAACAUUCAAGUUAAUUGUAUAGCACCGGGGUUGGUUGAUACUCCUUUUGCUGAUGCUAUUUUUAAAACCGCAAGAUUUUACGAACAAACAAUUAAUAGCACUCCUAUGAGAAGAUAUGCAGAGCCACACGAAAUUGCAGGAGUGGCAGCUUUUCUCGUUUCUGAUGAUGCAAGUUAUAUAACAGGUGAAAUAAUUGUAGCAGCUGGUGGAAUGUCUUCGAGGUUAUAAAGCUUUUCAUCUCUUAAAAAAUCAAAAAUAUGUAGUGUAACAUUUAAUUAAUCAUUCCUUAACUUGUAAAAAUUAUAAUUUU